AUGAGGGAAAAAGUUGAUGUCUUUUACCAGGAUCCCGCAUGGGGAUCGGUUGCCGAAUGGCAAAGACACGGCUGCUUUAGAAGGUUCGACGGUUUGGCCCCGCGAGUGACGCUUCUUCCAUUCUCCUUCUUCCCUUCCCUUCUUCUUCCAUCCCACCAACCUUCAGCCGCCAGCGUCACCAUCAGCCCCUCUCCGGAGGUCCACGAAGGCCACGCCGUCCGCCUCUCCUGCGCCCUCAGCGGCAAUCUCUCAGCCUCGGCUAACUACUCCUGGUUCAAGGGGGGCCUCCGUCUCCCGGGGGUCUCCGGGGAUUCCCUGGUCCUCGAACACGUGGCCCUGGAGGACGCCGGAGCGUAUAAGUGCCGAGUGGACUAUCACGGAGUCAGCAAGACGUCCAGCUCGGCCUCCCUCUCUGUGCUGUAUGCACCGAGGAACCUCCACGUGUCGGUUUUCACGGAGACCGAGAGGGGAACCGUGGCCAUCUUCCAGUGUUCGGUGGACAGCCAUCCUCCCGCCACGUGGGUCCUGUACAAAGGAGACGCCGUCUUGGCCACCAGCGGCGAGAAGGAUGAGCCGGCCUCCCGUCGGGUCAGCGUCACAACCGGGCCCGGCACCCUGCGCGUGGAGAUGACCGGGGUGGUGCCGGAAGACGAAGGGAGCUACAACGUGACUGCCACCAAUGCCCAUGGAUCUGCCUCCCGACAGCUCUACUUUCGGGUGCAAACGGCCCGGAUCCUGAUCACGCCCUCCCCAGAGGUGGUCGAAGGGGACCAGGUCAGCCUCACCUGUGACGUGAUUGGAAGCCUUCCGGAGGAGGCCACCUUCUCCUGGUACCGGAACAGCAAACACCUCCAAGGGGAGGCCGAGGGCACCCUGGCCUUCCUGCCCGUCACCCGCCUGGACGCCGGAGCCUAUUACUGCAAAGCCCAGACCGCCCAGGAGGGCAGCCUCAGCAUCUCCCCGUCCGUCAGCCUGACCGUCUUUUACCCCCCUGGGAGUCCCCAGAUCACGGCUUUCCUUGAGACGCAGGACAACCGGGUGGCCGUCCUCCUCUGCACGGUGGAGAGCGACCCCCAGGCCCACCUCGCCAUACGCAAAGGCCAGCAGCUCUUGGCCUCCAGCACGGACUCCGCUCUCGCCCACCCCCGGCGGGUGAAGGCCUCCCCUACCUACAACAGCCUGAGGGUGGAGAUCUGGGACGUGGUGAUGGAAGACGAAGGGGAAUACGUGUGUUUUGCGAGCAACCGACACGGCAACGGGAGCGCCAGGGUCACCUUCAGAGCAGAGGCUGCAAAGCUCUGGAUUUCUCCUCCAGACGCCCUGGAGGGCAACUCCGUCAACCUGACCUGUGCAGUGGACAGUGAGGCCGCUGGGGAGAUGCGCUACACCUGGUUUAAGAACAACGAGUGGUAUGCGGACGGCUUGGUCAGGACGCUGGUGUUCCACCAGGCCACCGUAGAAGACGCGGGCAGCUACUACUGCACGGUCCACACCCGGGAGAGGAUGCGGAACUCCUCCUUAAGCACCUUGAACGUCCUCUAUCCACCCAGGAACGUGCUGGUCGAGUCCUUCUUGGAGACCCAGAAGGGCCAGGUGGCCAUCGUCCUGUGCACCGUCCAGAGCAACCCGCCGUCUGUGCUGUCCCUCCGUCGUGCUGGCCAACUCUUGGCGUCCAGCUCCUCCAAAGUCCGUGGGGGGGCAGGCCCGAAGCUGCGGGCCGCUUCCUCCCCAAAUUCCUUGAGGCUGGAGAUCAAAGACGUCAACCUGGACGAUGAAGGGAGCUACGAGUGCUGGGCGGAAAACUCCCUUGGCGAAGCCCACGCUUCUUUCAACCUCUCCGUGGAGACUAUCAGGCUGGUGAUCGAUCCCGCCCCAGAGGUGCAUGAAGGGCAGCGUGUCUCUCUGAUCUGCCAAGAUGCCAGCUUCCAGCCCUCCGCCGUCUACACCUGGUACAAGGACGCCAGAUGGUUUGCAGACGGUCCGGCCACCUCCUUCCUACUCCCAGCUGUUACUCCCCGGGACAUGGGAUCCUACGUGUGCCAGGUUCAAGACGAGCGGGGCGUCAGGACCUCUCCAGCCGUCACCCUCUAUGUGCACCGUGCAAGAAUCAUCGCUGACCCAUCGCCAGAUGUUCACAAAGGUGCUACGGCCAACCUGACCUGUGAGAUUGCCAGCCAGGUAGUGGAGCCCAUGAAUUACACCUGGUACAAGAACAGCCAGUGGCUUUGGGAUAGCCCCAGUCAGUCCCUCCUGUUGAGCGGGGUGACCAAGGAGGACAAGGGAAGCUUUGAUGUUCUCGUUAACGUAGACGCGCCGGAACGGCCCUCCUUGACGGUUUACCUGGACACUCAGAAUGGGAACCUGGCUAUGGUCACCUGCAAAGUGGACAGCUACCCAUCUUCCAGCCUGGCCAUAUACAGAGGUCAACUGGCUGACCCCAAAAGCUGGUCACCAGCCGGUCAGCGUUUCCACACCUUCUACUCUGAUAACAGCCUGAGGCUGGAGAUUCAGGACCUCACUGCCAAAGAUUCGGGGCAUUUUGUGUGUCAAGCUCGCAACACACUGGGCAACGCGACCAGCAGCAUCACCUUCAAUGCAAGAUGCCUCUCUGAACUGACCAUCUUCAAGAUCUGGGCUGGGAUUGCCACUGCCUUGGUCUGCAUAGCUGUCCUGGGGGGCCUGAUCCUUGGAUUGCGUAACAACGGCUCCCGGUGA